AUGGUUAUAUCGAGAAAAUGCUACCUUGGCUUUGGUUCUACUCAAAAACGAUUUGGAAUAAUUACAGUUCAUCCAAAUUUAGACCCAAGCGGUCUAUAUACAACGAGACCUGAAGGUUGUGAUCCGUGUCUUUAUCAUCCGAAGCCAAUUCAUGAAAUAUUUCAAGUUAACAAAAGUAGUAAAAAUGAAAAAGACCCAUGGAGGUACAAAACCGAAUUAGAAGAAUGGGCGAAAAAUUUAGGGUACAGAAACCAAAAAGUACUGGCGCAAAGGAAGUGGUUCAAUUCGAUAUUGGGUCCAGCAUGGCAUGAAGUAACAAAAGCAACGAAGUAUCAGGCUGCUUGUCAAAACGUAGGAUUUGGAAGAACAAAUCGCUUUAAGCAAUCCAAAAAUAAAUUGCCUGGUCCAGGUAAUUAUUAUAAAAGUACUGCUUACAACCCGCCAUAUGGACCGCAUUCUACUAGAGCAACGUUUGAAAGAGAAGAGCCCUGUCGUUUUAAAGACACUUCUCCUAAGUGGUCAUUAGCAUCCAACAGAUAUACUAUCAUUGAUAAAGAUUGUAUUGAAUUGAAACCGAAGAAAGUUGUGUCAUUACGUGGCCCUUACGAUCUGUUUACGGGUAAGCGCGAUGGAAGUACAAUUAAAAAUCAUUUUAAUACAGAAUCAAAAGUGCAUGCUGCUUCGUGGCCGCUUGCUCUGAAAAGCACGUUGGAUAAGUACACUCACUCACACUUUGGUGUAAUGAAUAAAACAAACAGAAACUCUCCAUACAGAGGACGCAACAUGUUGGUGGAUUUAUCUAUGUGUUUGCGCAAACCUACAGACCCCGGGCCAUCACAUUACAAUAUUGAUGAGCCAAAAACUUUGAUACAAAAUAAACGGGGUUUCAAUAGUAGCUACGACAAGCCGCCUGGAUAUAAGCGAACAGUAGUAUGGCCUGCCGUCGGAAGGUAUAACAUCAAAAGUAUUAGCUGCGGUAUUAAAGGUCAAGGACAUAGACAUGUGUUUCUUAGUACACAGAAGAGAACGAUUGGAGCUAUUUUGCCUGAACCUAUGAAUUCUUUUUGA